UUCAGCCAAUCAGCGUCGAGGAGGAGGGUCUUGAAAGCAGUGGAGUUGGCUGCCACUCGGAAGAUGCUUCUCCGCAUGUGGCGUGAAAUGUGGCGUGGAGGUUUGAGUGACUGUAAUUUAUUCGCCUUAGAAAAACUCUCACGACUGUCAUGACACGACCGAGGAGUAGUAACGUUUAGCUUUCCUGAAAUGAUGGAGGAAAUUACAGAAGACAGACUCUGCGGGAAAUGUAAAGCUGCCUGUGGAUUGCACAGUUAUGACCUGAGAAGCAUCUUCACAUGGCGUCUGCUGAAGACCGUGGUGAUGGGUCAGGUUCUGUCCCUGCUGAUCUGCGGCACGGCGGUGAGCUGCGAGUACCUGGCUGUUUCGGGGGUGAGGACGCCCAUGCUGCAGAGCUUCCUCAACUACGCCCUGCUGCUCCUCACCUACACCUUCAUCCUGUGCACGCGCAAAGGUGACAGCAACAUCCUAAAGAUGUUGAAGAAUAAAUGGUGGAAGUAUCUGCUGAUGGGUUUGGCAGAUGUGGAGGCCAACUAUGCUGUUGUGAAAGCUUACCAGUUCACCACCUUAACUAGUGUUCAGCUGCUGGACUGCUUUGUGAUCCCGGUGCUCAUGCUGCUCUCCAGGCUCUUCCUGAAGACGCGCUACCGGCUGGUGCACUUCGUGGCCGUGGCGGUGUGUCUGCUGGGGGUGGGGGCCAUGGUCGGAGCAGACAUCCUCGCUGGCAGGAACGAGGGAUCCGCGAGCAACGUGAUACUGGGUGACGGCCUGGUGCUGCUCAGCGCCGUCCUGUACGCCGUUUCCAACCUGUGUCAGGAGCACACGGUGAAGAACCAGAGUCGGGUGGAGUUCCUGGGCAUGAUGGGUCUGUUCGGGACGCUCAUCAGCGGCGUGCAGCUCGCCGUUCUGGAGACUCACGAGGUGGCGAUCAGAAACUGGGACGGCUUCAUCUUCAUGCUGUUUGCGCUCUACGCCCUGUGCAUGUACGCGCUCUACAGCUUCAUGCCCGUGGUGGUGAAGAUGACCAGCGCCACGGCGGUCAACCUGUCUCUGCUCACCGCCGACCUCUUCAGCCUCUUCUGCGGCCUCUUCCUCUUCCACUACCAGUUCUCGGCUCUCUACAUCGUUUCCUUCAUCGUCAUCACCGCCGGCUUCAUCCUGUUCAACGCCUUCCCUACGAACUCUGCUCCGCCUCCAAACCGAGCAGAGUCGGACGACCACACGGCGGCGAGCCCGUCGCUCCACUCUCUGCCUGCUGAAUCUCAGAUGGUCACUGCUGCAACGGCUCUGUGACCUCCGAACACGCCGGACAAACUUGAAGAAUGACAAACUGUAGGGGUCGCUAUUACGAUUUUAUACGGUCUGUUUUAUGAACUGUGUAUUUAUAAAGAAAAAAAGUAUUUUUUAGUUUUUUUUUUUCCUGUGGGGGAUUCUGUGUUUUCACUGAACAUUUGCCAAAAGUGAAGCAUGUGGUUCAAGUUUAAAUUAUUAAAAUACUUUUUAUAUUGUU